AUGUCGUCAGCCCUUAACGCGAUGAAGAUCCGUCGCAAGAAGAAUGUCAAGAAGGGAAUUCAGUUCUGUUUGAUGGUGUGCGGUGCCAGCGGAACUGGUCGCACAACCUUUGUGAACACUCUCUGUGGCAAGCAAGUUCUAGAAGGCAAGGAUGCCGACGAUGCGGAGAAUGCUCAUUUGGAAGAAGGCGUCCGCAUCAAGCCCGUCACUGUCGAGCUUGAAUUGGAUGAGGAGGGAACCCGCAUCUCUCUUACCAUUGUUGAUACCCCCGGUUUCGGUGAUCAGAUUGACAACGAGGCCAGGCAUAUUGUUGGCUACCUUGAGCGCCAAUACGAUGAUAUUCUUGCUGAGGAGUCCCGAAUCAAGCGUAACCCCCGCUUCAGAGACAACCGUGUGCACGUUCUGUUGUACUUCAUUACCCCCACCGGACACGGCCUCCGCGAGCUCGACAUCGAAUUGAUGAAGCGCCUGUCUCCCCGUGUUAAUGUCAUUCCCGUCAUUGGAAAGGCCGACUCUCUCACCCCCGCAGAAUUGGCCGAGUCAAAGAAGUUGAUUAUGGAGGAUAUCGAACACUACCGCAUCCCCGUCUACAACUUCCCUUAUGAUGUUGAGGAGGAUGAUGAAGAUACCGUUGAGGAAAAUGCUGAGCUCCGUGGCAUGAUGCCCUUUGCCAUCGUCGGCUCGGAGGAUUUCGUUGAGAUUGAUAACCGCAAGGUCCGCGCCCGUCAGUAUCCAUGGGGUGUGGUCGAGGUUGAGAAUCCUCGGCACUCGGACUUCCUUGCCAUCCGCAGUGCUCUUCUUCACAGCCAUUUGGCCGAUCUGAAGGAAAUUACUCAUGACUUCCUUUACGAAAACUACCGUACCGAGAAGCUCAGCAAGAGCGUGGAUGGUGUUUCUGGGUAUGUUUGCUCUUUUCGCGGUAUCAUUAAUUAUGGCGCUAACUUGUUUUCCAGAAUCCAUGAUUCCAGCAUGAACCCCGAGGAUCUCGCCAACCAGUCAGUCCGCCUCAAGGAGGAGCAGCUCCGUCGUGAGGAGGAGAAGUUGCGCGAAAUCGAAAUCAAGGUGCAGCGCGAGAUUGCCGAGAAGCGGCAGGAGUUGCUGGCUCGUGAGAGCCAGCUGCGGGAGAUUGAAGCCCGCAUGGCACGCGAGGCAAGCCAGAGCAAUGUCAGCGAAGCCAAUGGAGAGGCCUAG